AUGUCCUCAAUAUCUUCUGUCCCUUCGUGUUCCACCGAUCGAAACAAUGAUAUCAUGACUCGUACGCCAGAUUGUGGUAAGUUACCUUCAGGAGUAACAAGUCAAGCGGUCCAUUCGAUCAACUUGCCGGGUGGUGGUCGACCCGAUGGUGACAACAUCAAACCCUGGGAUAAAGAACUGGUAGACUUCUUCGGGAGGGAUAUCUUGGAAAGUCGAGCCGAAACCAGAACUUGUGCUCCGUCUGUCAGAGAGACCUCAUCUACUGCCCUUUGCAUGCACAAUGGCACGGGAGUAGUGGAGCACGGUUCUUUAGAACCAGGGAUGGGUCAGCAUCGGUCUGACGGACUUGGGUCGGGUCUGUCAGAUACAAAUGAGGGUGAGACGCCCCCGAUGAACCACCCACCGGGGCAGACUCCAGCUUCGAUAGCAGACACGAGUCUGGAGAAUGGUUGGGUCGUCGUUGAUACGCCUCAAGGUCAGAAGUAA